UUACUCGUAGCGCAGGAUUUCCAUAUGAGUGCCUGCGAGAGUUUGGCUUUGGAAGGUUGGGCUAUUAAUAGAGAGAUAUUCGGCAGCCUUGCUGGGCAGGUCUAGUUUCGGAAUCUAGCUGACUUAACUGUGCAAAGCCAUUUCACCCCUCCUGGAUGGGGCAUGCUGGUUCCCUCCUUGGGUGUUAUUGAUCGGAGGAGACAGAGUAAUUUUUCUUAGCAUAAAUUUUUGCUGAUCUUCAUGGGAGAUGAGUGCUGAAGGCAUGAUGGAGGAUCCAGACCAAAAACAUGGAGGCAAGAAUGGGAAAAAGGAAGGCCUGUCCGGCAGCUCCUUCUUCACUUGGUUCAUGGUUAUUGCUCUGCUGGGUGUUUGGACAUCAGUUGCUGUCGUGUGGUUUGACCUUGUAGACUAUGAAGAAUUUAUUGGAAAACUGGGAGAUUACGAUGCAGAUGGUGAUGGAGAUUUUGACGUGGACGAUGCCAAGGUUUUGCUAGGCCUGAAAGAAAGAUUCGUGUCUAAGAAAACUUCUGAAGACAUUGAUGAGACGGACUCCCUACCAUCAGAUAUCUCUGAUGCAGAACUGGAGGAAGCUAUUAAUGCUAUAAAAGAUUCCCUGACACCUGAUAACGAUGUGUUUGACAUAGAAGAUGCUCUGGAUGAUCAUGAAACACAAGAUGAUGCACCAAGUGAAUUCUCCUUAGAAGAUGCUGUGGAGCCCAGUGUUCAUGAAUCACUUCGCUCUGAACCAGAAGUAAAUGAAGAGCCAGAAGAAGAGCCAGUGAUAGAAGAACCCAUAAUAGAGGAAGAAGUUUAUGCUGAAGAACCUGUGGUUGAAGAGCAAGAAAUUGAUGAUGAUACUGAGCAGGUUUUGGAGAGAGAACCGGCUGCUGAUGAUGAUGAUGAUGAUGAUGAUGAUGUGGAAGAAGAAACAUUAACACAAGGAGAUGAGCAAGAUCCAGCAGAGCAGCAAGAACCAGAAUCUGUAUAUGAGCAAGCGGUAGAGGAGACAGAAACUGAAUUCCUGAAUGCUCCUUAUACAGAAACAGAACAGCCUGUAGACUUAGAUGAUGUUGAGUAUGAAGCUGUUGAAGAAGCAGAAGAAAUACCAGCACAUGUAGAAGAUGAACAACCUGAAGUAGAGGUAGCAACAGAGGAAGAAGACCCUCAGGAUGACAAUUUUGAGGAUAACCAAGAGGCUGAAUUGCCAACAGAUGAAGAAGAAUCUGAUAUACCUGAAAAAUCAUUUAUGUCAGUGCAAGUAGACUUCAGUGUCGACCCCGAAGUAUAUGAAACUGUGUAUUAUGAUGAAGAAACUCGUCCUCAGACAGAGCUGGAAGAGGAAGAACCAGCUGAAUUAUCCGAUGUUCCAGAGGCAGAUGGGGAAGCUGUGCCGAAAGAAACAGAGGAAUCUGCAACAGAAACGUUAGAAGACGAUGACCAUGAAGAAGAGGUUAAUGCACAUGAACAUAUUGAAGUAGAACAGAAUGAAAUUCCUGAAAAUCCAGUCGUGGACGACAGGCCAAGUGAAAAGACAGAAGAACAUCAUGCAGAGACUUCCGAGGGUCAGCAAGGAGAACAUGCAGGAGGUGAAUCGGCAUCACAAGAGAAAAAGGAGACAGCCAAGAAAAAAAAGCCCAAGCUGUUAAACAAGUUUGAUAAAACAAUAAAGACUGAACUUGAUGCUGCAGAGAAAUUACGCAAAAGGGGAAAAGUGGAAGACGCUUUAAAAGCUUUUGAACUUCUGGUGACAAAAUAUCCCCAGAGUCCAAGAGCCAGAUACGGGAAAGCUCAGUCUGAAGAUGACGUGGCCGAGAAGGUGAGGAGCAAUGAUAUUCUGUUGCGUGCUAUUAGCUCAUAUGAAGAAGUGGCUGGGUUGCCCAAUGUUCCUGCUGAUCUAGUGAAAGUUGCACUAAGAAGAAAAGCCAAUCGCCAACAAUUUUUGGGCCGCAUGCGAGGAUCUAUACUUACUCUUCAGAAGUUAGUACAGCUCUACCCUGAAGAUCUAUCACUCAAGAACGAGCUUGGUGUUGGCUAUCUUCUGCUUGGAGAAAAUCAGCAAGCCAAACAAGUGUAUGAAGAGGUUUUAUUAUCAGAUGCUAAGAACGGUUUUGCCAAAGUACAUUACGGAUUCAUCCUGAAAGCAGAAAAUAAAAUCGCUGAAAGCAUUCCUUACUUAAAGGAAGGACUGUUGUCUGGUGAGCCUGGAACUGAUGAUGGUCGGUUUUACUUUCACUUGGGGGAUGCUUUGCAGAGAGUUGGAGACAAAGAGGCAUAUACAUGGUACGAGGUUGGCCACAAGAGAGGACAUUUUGCUUCUGUCUGGCAGAGGUCACUUUACAAUGUGGAUGGACUCAAAGCUCAGCCAUGGUGGACCGCAAAAGAAACUGGUUACAGUGACUUAGUGAAGGCUUUGGAAGCCAACUGGAAGGUGAUCCGUGAUGAGGGCCUUGCUGUCAUGGAUGAAAGCAAAGGCCUUUUCCUUCCUGAAGAUGAAAACCUGAGAGAAAAGGGAGACUGGAGCCAAUAUACCUUGUGGCAGCAAGGACGAAAGAAUGAGAAAUCUUGUAAAGCCGCACCUAAAACCUGUGCUUUGUUGGAAAGAUUCCCAGAGUCCACGGGAUGCCGCAGAGGACAGAUUAAAUAUUCUGUAAUGCACCCAGGGACUCACGUGUGGCCUCACACAGGACCAACAAAUUGUAGACUACGAAUGCACUUGGGUUUGGUUAUACCGAGUCAAGGCUGCAGGAUAAGAUGUGCUAAUGAUACCAGGUCAUGGAAAGAAGGCAAAGUGCUCAUAUUUGAUGAUUCUUUUGAACAUGAGGUGUGGCAGGAAGCUGCUUCUUACCGCCUGAUCUUUAUCGUGGACGCCUGGCAUCCGGAGCUCACACAGCAUCAGCGGCGGACACUGCCAGCUAUCUAGUCAUCUGCAGAAGAGCUUCCCGGGGUCCAGUAUGUGAAGGAGAAUAGGGCCACCUUCUAAAGCCCUACAACGUUUCCCCUUGUUGCUGCCUAUUUGUCUAUUUGCUGCCUAUCUGAACAAGAUGUAACUGAUUUGUUUUAGUAUGAAGACUAAUUGAAGGAGUUUCAUAUAUAUUUUCUCUUUUCCAGUUUUUUUUUGUGAAAGAAGAAAAACCACUAUAAUUGUUUCUAGAAUUGUAUUUUUAUAUUUAAACAGUUUUGUACAAACCAGCCUCACCCUUUACCCAGAUCCUCACUACCAAUAUUUACUGCGAUAUGUAAUGGAAAAAUAUUCAGCAGUUUCUUUUUAUCGAUAAUGAUUCACAUUGCUCACAUUUUUUUUAUAUGUAAUCAUAACCAUAUAAUGCUUAAAAUAUAUUGAAUGUAGCCAUUGUGUAAGCAGGAACCUGGUGAAAUGACUCUGAAUGCCUUGAAAAUAAUGUGCCAAAACAGUAUAAUUUGCUCCCCUGUAGCUUAUUUUAAGGAUACAGAUGGAAAACACCCUCCCUAUAGCGUUAAAUAAAAUACACUUUAAUGUAUAUAAAAAAAAUUCACUACUUUACUUUUAGGUCUUGACUUUAAAGGGGUUGUCCAGGGCUUUUGCUAUUGAUCACCUUUCCUAAGGAAUGGAUAGGUCAUCAAUAUCAGAUCUCUGGGGGUUUAACUCCUGUCACCCCCGCUGAUCAGCUGUAUGAGGAGACGGCACGCGCAUCUUACUGUCCGUUUCUGUAUGUCUAUGACAAAGCAGCAGACAGGAAGAGAGAUGGGAAACGGCCGAGGUCAUCAGAGUAAAAGCAUGGACAACUUCUUUACAUUUUUCCAUCAGGUGACAUUUAUGUCUUAUCAAAAGGAUAUGACAAUAAUAUCUGACAGAUGCAGGUCCCACCUCUGGGAUUUGCUUCUAUCUCAAGAAUGGGGUCUCACAGUGAAUGAAGAGCGCACAGUGCAUGUGCCACUUUCUCUAUUCACUUCUAUGAGAUUUAGGACAGUAGCUGAGGAGAGGACAUGAAGUGUGGUCUUGAGGACAGACAUGGACCCGUAACAUAAAUCACUAAAUGAAAAAUAUUUUUGGACUGAAUGCUAUUAUUAUACCACAAAUGGAAGUUCACCUUUAACAACAACGUUUUGAUUGCUUUAGUCUUAUAGUCAUUGCUGAUUAUUGCUUGAUUAUUGACAGAAGGACUCCGCGUGACAGACUCCAAAGACAUUGUCCAUCAAGGUCCUAAGGCACAACAUCUCAUACAGAACAAAUAAUAUUGACACCAGUCCUGUAUGUCUAAAGUUUUUUGAGUUUUUCUUAAAAGAUUUGCAUUACUGCCAUGAAUAAUCCCCUCCCCUGAAUAAUUUAAACAUGUUGGGCUGAUUAUUUUAAUAAAAUAUCUUUACAGAGAUCAGGGCUCCACUUGUCUGACAGAGAGCUUCAGUUCCUUAUGUAGGCAUAGGAUUAUGAAAUAUCAUCUUGAUAACCAGCCGCCACCACUGUCAGUAGCGUAAGAGACAACUGUGUACAGUUAAAGGGAACCUGUCACAAUGAAAAUGCAGCACAAUCCGCAGGCAUCCUAUUAUAGAGCAGAAGAAGCUAAACAGAUUGAAAUAUGGUUUUGUGGGAAAAGAUUCAGUAUAACUUGUAAUUUAUUGGUUUAAACCUUUGCUCUUUCUGGACUUAGGAGUCCAGUGGGUGGUCCUAAUGACUGAUUGACAGCUAAUUCUGCACGACUAAGCAUAGAUAGCUGUCAGUAAGUAGGACCUCCCACUGGAAUGGAAUGCAUGUUUAUUAGGACUGGUUCCCUUUAAGAUGGUUUGCAGUAAGCCCCAUUCUCCUUCUAGUGGCAGAUAUACGCAUCAAGUAUGUCAUGUUUCACUCCUAUGGCAUUAAAGUGAAUUUGGAGCUCUGUGCAAGAACAUCUUAUCACUAUAAAGACUUGAUGAUAUUAAUCAGCAAAAGAUUAAAAUUUGAUAAUAAAAAGUUGGAGCUUCCCUUUUAGCUGCUAUUCACUGAGGCUAAGGCUAUGUACACCUUUGGGGGCAAUUUUUUAUUAUUGCAUUGUACUCAUUUUGAGCUAAAACUAAUUUUUUCCCAUUGGUCUUUAUUAAAAAAAUUGAACCUUUGUCUCUGUGCAGCCUUGAGUUUCUCUAGUAGCAUGCUCUGAAUUUUCACACUGUUCCAUCAGGUAGCUCAGCUGACGGCUCCUUAUCUCUAAACUUAUAAACACUCAUUAUAGCUCAGUUCUUUUCUUACUGACAAAAAUGUGGCUUAAAUAAGUGUUUAUGACCUUUUAUUAAUUUAGAGAUAAGGUUUAUUAGAGGACAGGCACAAAGUGAAAAGGAAAGUACCAUUAGCACAGCUAGGCAAACAGUUAACCCGUUCUGACAGAAGGGCUCAAUAUUUUUUAAUAAAGACCAAUUAAAAAAAUUAUUUGAGCCCAAAAUCAGUAAAAUGCCAUCAUAAAUUCCCCCCCCCCCCCCCGAGGUGUACAUAGCCUUUAAGUAGAUGAUGGCAGAUCCCAAUAGGUUAUUGUUUGACCUGCUGUUUUUUCCUGAUGUUGCCUUUUGGAUUGAUGACCGUUACUGACGGCUUACUACUAUAAGAAUGUAAUAUAAGAUGAACGUGUUACUGAAUCUGAAUGUUACUAAAUUUCAUUAGGUCCAUAUAGUGUAGAUCUUUAUAUGUUCAUAAAUUUAGGAUGAUAUGAAUAUCGGAGACUAUUUAGUUCCUCAUUUUAAAGGGCAUCUGUCAGCAGAUUUGUACCUAUGAAACUGGCUG